GCACGAUAACGGUCAACGGUCUUUCCACCCCAUUAAUUCCAUCAGCGGAGAUAUAUACAAAAGAACGAUCCUUUCUCCCGAAGACACGCAGACAGAAGCAGAGCAGAGUAUGAGAAAUUUCCUCUGUCAUCUGCGCCUCCUCGUACUUUGCUUCUCCUUCUUCGCCCCGCUGGCUUCUCCCGCCAUACUAUUUCAGGGGUUCAACUGGGAAUCAAGCAAGAAAGGGGGAUGGUACAAUUCCCUCAAAUCCUUAGUUCUCGACUUGGCCGGAGCUGGAAUCACCCAUGUCUGGCUUCCUCCUCCCUCCCAAUCCGCCGCUCCCGAAGGAUAUUUACCGGGGAGGUUAUACGAUCUUGACGUCUCGAAGUACGGGACGCGUGACGAGCUCAAGUCCUUGAUCGAUGCCUUCCAUCAAGCAGGCAUCAAAUGCCUGGCUGAUGUAGUAAUCAACCACCGGACCGCGGAGAAGCAGGACGGAAGAGGAAUAUGGUGCAUCUUUGAGGGCGGGACGCCUGACGGUCGGCUUGACUGGGGGCCUUCCUUCAUCUGUCGGGACGACGCCAAUUAUUCUGACGGGAAAGGGAACCUCGACUCAGGCCUGCCCUAUGACCCCGCCCCGGACAUCGACCACCUGAACACUCAGGUCCAGAAUGAGCUGUCGGACUGGAUGAAUUGGCUGAAGUCCGAGAUUGGGUUCGAUGGCUGGAGGUUCGAUUUUGUUAGGGGAUAUGCCCCCAGUAUAACCAAAAUCUACAUGGACAAGACGAGCCCGAAUUUCGCAGUUGGGGAGAAGUGGGAAGAGCUUUCGAAUGGGCCGGAUGGGAAGCCCAAUCAGGACCAGGGUCUGCACCGCGAGGCAUUGGCCAACUGGGUGCGGGACGCCGGUGGGGCAGUCACAGCCUUCGACUUCACCACAAAGGGGAUCCUCCAGGCCGCCGUGCAGGGGGAGCUCUCGCGGCUCAAGGACUCAAACGGGAACCCACCAGGGAUGAUCGGCCUGAUGCCCGAGAAAGCAGUCACCUUCGUAGAUAACCACGACACGGGGUCGACUCAGAAACAGUGGCCAUUCCCUUCCGAUAAGGUCAUGCAGGGGUACGCGUACAUCCUCACGCAUCCGGGCACCCCAACAGUUUUCUACGAUCACUUCUUCGACUGGGGGCUGAAGGAGGAGAUCAGCAAGCUGAUAUCAAUCCGGGCGAGGAACGGGAUCAAUGAGAAGAGCAGAGUGAAGAUCGUGGCCGCCGAUGCCGACCUCUAUGUUGCAGCCAUCGGUGAUGAUGAGAAGAUCAUGAUGAAGAUAGGACCGAGGUACGACGUUGGAGGGCUUGUUCCAAGCAAUUACCAGAUUGCCACCUCUGGGAACGACUACGCUGUGUGGGAGAAGAAGGCAGUUUGAAAAACUCUCUGAUGGAAGAUAGCUAAGAACUAAUCUCAUUUGUGAUCAUCAACAAAUAAUAAGAAGAUGACUCUUCCUAUGGUAAUAAUAAAUGCCUUUCUUUUUUUUUUUGAAA